AAUAUUCCACUUCUGGAAAAAGGUUGUAGUAACCUGCGCAAGCAAAUCGAAAAUGCCAGAAUUUUUGGUGUUCCAGUAGUGGUGGCAGUCAAUGCAUUCAAAUCAGAUACAGAGGCAGAACUACAGCUGGUCAUCCGGAUGGCUAAGGAAGCUGGUGCUUUGGAUGCUGUCAAAUGCACCCACUGGGCUGAUGGGGGUAAAGGAGCUGUGGCAUUAGCAGAAGCCGUGCAGAGGGCAUCACAGGCCCCAAGCCAUUUCCAGUUCUUGUACAAUGUGGAGCUGCCAGUUGUAGAGAAGAUCAGAAUUAUUGCACAGAAGAUCUAUGGAGCAAAUGACAUUGAACUGCUGCCAGAAGCCCAGUUUAAAAUCAUUCAAUAUACCAAACAGGGAUUUGGAAACCUGCCCAUCUGCAUGGCUAAAACCCAUUUGUCAUUGUCUCAUGACCCAGAGCUGAAAGGAGUGCCCACCGGAUUCAUCUUACCCAUAAGAGAUAUCCGAGCCAGCGUGGGUGCAGGAUUCCUUUAUCCCUUAGUAGGAACAAUGAGCACAAUGCCAGGACUUCCUACCAGGCCUUGUUUCUAUGACAUUGAUCUGGAUCCUGUGACUGGACAAGUAAAUGGACUAUUCUAAGACAAAUCAACAACCAAAAAUAUUGGGGAAACUUAUUUUGACAAAAGUUGAAUAAGCUCUCCAUGGUUCCUAGAAGUCUUUGGAAACAAUUUAAACUUUUUUAAAAAACACAUCUUAAUACUGUAAUUUUAAACCGUGGUAUGCUUUUUAGUUGUGGCAAAUGAAAGUCUAUAUUUUUAACAAUGGCACAUUUUUAAAGAAGUUCACCUGUAUUCCUUAUUAAAAAAAUAUGGCUUUUACCUCGGAUUCAACCUGAUUAAAUAAAAUUUAAUAAUGAAUCAUA